UCCAUCAAUUAGUCACAUGCGCUGAUUGUCGACUCUAUGCCAUUCACUGCAUGACGUGGUUUCAAAACAGGAAUGCCCAUGGCUCACCAAUUCAUGUAGUUCCGGCCCCCUCGGGAAAGGCAUCGGACAGAGCGCAGCAGUUCAGGUAGGUACGUGUUAGCAUGUAAUACAACGGUAAAGAAUGGCCGCGCUUGGCUUGUCUGUGCAUUUCGCUACAUAUAGACACCAUACGAGAGGAGGUAUCUCACCGAAAUGAUGACAUUUUAACCCGACUCUGGCGGGACGGCUUAAUUCCAAGUUGCCCUCGGUGCAUAAAAGAGCUCAUACCUUAAUCUUCCAUUGAAAACUUUACAUUUUCCACGAUGAAGUUCUUGAUCACUUCCACCGUCGCUGCCCUCGCUACCUGUGCCAUUGCUACAUCUUACAGCCUCUCUUAUGACACAGUCUACGAUGGGGGAUCCACUUCACUUAACACGGUGGCCUGUUCAGACGGCUCCAAUGGCAUGGAGUCGCACGGCUAUACCACUUUCAACUCUAUUCCGAACUUCCCUUAUAUCGGGGGUGCGCCCCAGAUCACGGGCUGGAACUCGGCGUACUGUGGGUCAUGUUGGGCAAUCACCUAUGGGUCCACUACCAAAUACAUUACCGCCAUUGAUGUCGGUGAUGAGGCACGGGAUGGGUUCAACUUGUCGCUGGAGGCUAUGAACGGCCUCACAGGUGGACAGGCUGAGUUUUUGGGGCGCAUCACCGUCACGGCCACCCAAGUUGAUGCUAGCUAUUGUGGUCUGUGAGACCGUGAAAUUAGGGUGCACGAGGCAAAUGGUUGUUUCAGUCAAUGAGUUUCCUGGCUACCUUUGACAUUCAUGUACAACUGGACAAUAUGGACACUUACAGAGACAUUCACGAGUAACAUA